CGCCGCUGCCUGCCGCUGCCAGCCCUCCGCGCCGGGACAGCCGGACACCCGCGCAUAUCGGGGCCGCUACCCAGAGGCCGGCGCUGCCCGCCCGCGUCGCUCUUCCCGCAGGCUGGUUCACAGACGGACCUUUGCCAUGGGGCCAGCGGCUGCUCUCUGCCUCCUGCUCCUCGUGCUCGGCGGCUCAGAGACCAAGCGCACUGCAGAGUCGAGGAAUGAUGAUAACAGUGUCUUCGAUCUCUUUGAACUCAUUGGCUUCAUGCGGAAGGGAGCCGGGCGCCGGGCCCCCGGGGUGUACCUGGUGAAGGGACCAGAAUCCUCCAGCCCUGCUUACCGCAUUGAGGAUGCCAGUCGCAUCCCUGCUGUCCCUGACUCGAAGUUCCAAGACUUGUUAGAUGCCAUCCAUGCUGAGAAGGGCUUCAUUCUCCUGGCCACUCUCCGGCAAGCCAAGAAAAGCAGAGGCACCCUGCUCUCCGUGGAACAGAAAGAUGGCUCUGGUCAUGUCUUCAGUCUAGUGUCAAAUGGCAAGGCAGGCUCCCUGGACCUGAGCCUUUCUGUUGAUGGCAAGCAGCAGUUAGUGUCAGUAGAGGACGUAUUGCUAGCUACAGGACAUUGGAAGAAUAUCACCCUGUUUGUGCAGGAGGACCGAGCUCAGCUCUAUGUGGGGUGUGAGAAAAUGGAGAACGCUGAACUGGACAUCCCCAUCCAGAACAUCUUCACUAGGGACCUGGCCAGCAGUGCCAGGCUCCGUAUUGCCAAAGGGGGAGUCAAUGACAACUUCCAGGGUCUGCUGCAGAAUGUGCGGUUUGUGUUUGGAACUACUCUGGAAACUAUCCUGCGGAACAAAGGCUGUUCCAGCUCCACUAGUGCAAUCAUUACUUUGGACAACCCCAUCAAUGGUUCCAGCCCAGCUAUCCGCACUAAUUACAUUGGCCAUAAAACAAAGGACAUCCAAGCAGUCUGUGGAUUUUCCUGUGAUGAACUGACUAAUAUGUUUGUGGAACUGCAAGGGCUACGGUCCAUGGUUACAACACUUCAAGACAGAGUUCGCAAAGUGACUGAAGAAAAUGAAAUCAUUGCCAAAGUAGUCCAAAUCACUCCUGGAGCAUGCAUUCAUAAUGGAGUCCUGCACAAAAAUAAAGAGGAGUGGACCAUUGACAGCUGCACUGAAUGUACUUGCCAGAACUCCGCCACUAUAUGCCGGAAAGUGUCCUGUCCUCUCAUGCCUUGUUCCAAUGCCACCGUGCCUGAUGGCGAGUGCUGCCCUCGGUGCUGGCCUAGCGACUACGCAGAUGAUGGAUGGUCUCCUUGGUCUGAAUGGACCUCGUGUUCUGUGACCUGUGGUAAUGGGAUUCAGCAGAGAGGCCGUUCCUGUGACAGCCUCAAUAACCGCUGUGAAGGCUCCUCUGUGCAGACUCGGACUUGCCACCUUCAGGAGUGCGAUAAGAGAUUUAAACAGGAUGGUGGCUGGAGUCACUGGUCGCCGUGGUCAUCAUGUUCUGUCACUUGUGGCACGGGCAUCAUCACCAGAAUUCGUCUUUGCAACUCUCCAGUACCACAGCUGAAUGGCAAACCUUGUGAGGGUGAAGCAAGAGAAAACAAACCCUGCCAGAAAGAUCCUUGCCCAAUUAAUGGCAACUGGGGACCAUGGUCUCCUUGGGAUGCUUGCACAGUGACAUGUGGAGGAGGACUUCAGAAACGGAGCCGUCUCUGCAAUAAUCCCGAGCCUCAGUACGGUGGGAAGACUUGUGUAGGUGAAGCUAGAGGGACUCAGGUCUGCAACAAACAGGACUGUCCAAUUGAUGGGUGUCUGUCUAAUCCCUGCUUUGCGGGGGCUACGUGCACCAGUGCCCCUGAUGGUUCCUGGAAGUGUGGUGCCUGUCCUGCUGGCUACCAUGGUGAUGGUAUUCACUGCCAGGAUAUUGAUGAGUGCAAAGAGGUUCCAGAUGCCUGCUUUGUCUUCAAUGGAGUGCACAGGUGUGAGAAUACUGAACCUGGCUACAACUGUCUGCCUUGUCCACCACGUUUCACUGGAACACAGCCAUUUGGCCGCAGUGUUGAGGAUGCCAUGACUAACAAACAGGUCUGCAAGCCACGUAAUCCAUGCACAGAUGGAACACAUGACUGCAACAAGAAUGCCAAAUGCAAUUACCUUGGCCACUUUAGUGACCCCAUGUAUCGCUGUGAAUGUAAACCAGGCUAUGCUGGCAAUGGCAUCAUCUGUGGAGAAGAUACUGACUUGGAUGGAUGGCCAAAUGAGAACCUGGUUUGUGUUGCCAAUGCUACUUACCACUGUAAAAAAGAUAACUGCCCUAAUCUGCCUAACUCAGGGCAGGAAGACUAUGAUAAGGAUGGGAUUGGUGAUGCCUGUGACAAUGAUGAUGAUGAUGAUGGCAUUCCUGAUGACCGGGACAACUGUCCAUUCAUCUACAACCCACAGCAGUAUGACUAUGACAGGGAUGAUGUUGGUGACCGCUGUGACAACUGUCCCUACAAUCACAACCCUGAUCAAACUGACACUGACAACAAUGGAGAAGGAGAUGCAUGUGCAAUAGAUAUUGAUGGAGAUGGGGUGCUUAAUGAAAGGGACAACUGCCAGUAUGUCUACAACGUAGACCAGAGGGAUACAGACUUGGAUGGUGUUGGAGAUCAAUGUGAUAACUGUCCACUGGAACACAACCCUGACCAGGAAGACACCGAUUCUGACCUCAUUGGUGAUCAGUGUGACAACAACCAGGACAUAGAUGAAGAUGGCCAUCAAAACAACCUUGAUAACUGCCCCUAUGUGCCCAAUGCCAAUCAAGCUGAUCAUGACAAGGAUGGAAAAGGUGAUGCCUGUGACCACGAUGAUGACAAUGAUGGUAUCCCUGAUGACAAAGAUAACUGCAGACUGGUUGCCAACCCAGAUCAAGCUGAUUCUGAUGGUGAUGGACGUGGAGAUGCUUGCAAAGAUGACUUUGACCAAGACAAUGUACCAGACAUUGAUGAUAUCUGCCCUGAAAAUGUGGAAAUUAGUGAGACUGAUUUCCGGAAAUUUCAGAUGAUUCCCCUGGAUCCCAAAGGAACAUCCCAAAAUGAUCCAAACUGGGUUGUUCGUCACCAGGGUAAAGAACUGGUUCAGACAGUCAACUGUGACCCUGGCCUUGCAGUCGGUUUUGAUGAAUUCAAUGCUGUGGACUUCAGUGGUACCUUCUUUAUCAAUACAGAAAGGGAUGAUGAUUAUGCUGGCUUUGUAUUUGGCUACCAAUCUAGCAGUCGUUUCUAUGUGGUCAUGUGGAAGCAGAUCACCCAGUCUUACUGGGACUCCACACCAACCAAAGCUCAAGGCUAUUCAGGUCUCUCCAUCAAAGUUGUGAAUUCCACCACUGGUCCAGGAGAACACCUUCGUAAUGCUCUGUGGCACACAGGAAACACUCCUGGCCAGGUGAGAACUUUGUGGCAUGAUCCUCGUCACAUAGGCUGGAAAGACUUCACUGCAUACAGAUGGCGACUUAGCCAUAGACCAAAGACCGGCUACAUCAGGGUUGUAAUGUAUGAAGGGAAGAAAAUCAUGGCAGACUCAGGACCAAUCUAUGACAAAACCUAUGCUGGUGGUCGGCUAGGAUUGUUUGUCUUCUCUCAAGAAAUGGUGUUCUUCUCAGACCUUAAAUAUGAAUGCAGAGAUUCAUAAUCACAAGAUUGUUGGAUUCAGAGACUAUUUAAAAAAUGCUGGUAAUUGCACCUUUGAAACGUUUAGCCUUACAAAUCCUGGGACCAUUAUAUUAUUCCUUCCUUUCUUCUUUCUGCGUAAAUGUGGACUCGAAACACAUGACCUGCCUCAAGAGAAUGCUUUUGAGAGAAUGAAAGUGAGAACAUGCUUGGUAUCUGACCUCUGCUGAAGUGGAAGGAAACAAAUGUAUCUUGCAAAUGAGAAUUGUCACUGAACAAGCACACUUCUUUCAGUAGGAAAGACUUUUUUGCUGUUUAUCACAGUGCGGUGUCACUGCCUCUCUAACUGGAGGUCCCAUGGAGUAGCAUUUUGUAAAAGAACAUCUUUGGAUGUGCUGUGGACUACUUAACUGAAGACCUUUCAUUGUGUGGGGGAGAGGGGGUUUGGGUGGGAGGGGGAACGCUAGGUUUUUCUUUUUUCUUUAUGGGGUAGAGAAUUUUUUUUAAGGAAGGCUGUGCUAAUUUGGUUAACAUCCAUUUAACUUGGAGAAAUUGUUUUCUGUGUAAUGCCUUUCAGAUAAAAACAUAGCCUUACUCUAUUUGUGGUGAGCUAGAUCAGCUGCUGUACUAGGCAGGACAAAACAGAUACCCUAAAACUGAUUUGUGUCAUGGCAGGGGGAAAAGAAAUCUGGUACACUGGAUCACACCAGCUUUGGGAGAACUGGGAUUUAUGAUUAGAUUCUGUUUUUUCCUGAUUGAAAUGCAGAUCUUGCUUACCUUCAAAUGUAUUCUUUCAGAUAUGGUGCCAGAAAGCACCACCAUCUCACUAGUACUGUGCUGUCCUUCAGGAAACCAGCACAUGCUUCACUUUUUAUGGUUAAAGAGGCACAAAAAUAAUGUAAUAAAAACAUUCCUUUUCUACAUGCCAUAGAUGUUUAAAACCCCUCGUUUCUUUAGAGGGGAGGAAAAGGGGCUUGUAGAUAAAAUUGUAAAAUAUUUAUUUUUGCCUAUUCUUGAUGUUAUGAGUGAGGGAUUAUUGAUUAAAACAACGAGAAAUGCGUCAAGACUAUCCACCUAAUCAUUGUUACAAGUCUUCAUGACUGUAAGAUUGUAAAUACAGAUUAUUUAUUAUCUCUGUUCUAUACUGAAACUAGAGAGGGUUUAGUUGAGAAAAAAAAUCUCGUCUGGAGCAGAUAGUGGUGAUGUAUUUGUUACAAAGAGCAAUUUUCCCAUAAAGGCUUUGAGGUGCAAGGAAAAGUGAGGGUGUGGGCAAUGGGAUGUUUGUUUUUCUCAGUCUGAGCUCAAUGUUGGCUUUUCCUUUCUUUGUGCAAGGCAGUUGGUGGCCUGGCAGGCUGCAGUUCUGCAGUGCUAAAAUUGAAGUCCCUUUAGAUGGUAGCAGUUUCUGUCCCAUUCAUAGCACUAGAGGUGAGGAAAUGCCAUCCACCCUCUUCGUGUUCUCUAGUGCUGGGAGAUGUCCGUGAUGCUUUACCACUGAUCAGUGGGCCUAACCCAGAGCCAGGAUAGCUGCCCUGAGGAGAUUGCAGCAAGAGCCCAAGGACAGCCCUCAAUAACCAUUUAAUGGGCUCUUUGGGGCUCUCCCUGCUCAGUUUGUAACUAGUGAUGUGCAGCUACAAAGGAGGCAAUUCAUCACAGACUAGACAAUUUCAGGAGCUCCUUGCAAAAGAGGGAGAUGCCUUGAUGUACAUUAAAAGACUGUUUUCCCCAAGAGAUGGGGCACCAUCCUUAUACCUAUAAUAUUUCCUUGUCUUUUCAAAAAACAAAAAGAAAUGAACAUGGUGAAAGUUUUACGUACAAAUAUUACCUCAUUGUUGUGUGACUGAGAAAAACCUUUGGAGCAAGCAGAGUUCAAAUGUCUAACAAACUUUAAAGCUACUGUAGUACUAAGAAGUUAAUGCUGUACAUAGUCAAAAUUUCUUUGCAGAAAAUGUAUUCCCAGAAAGGAAAUGGCAUUGGAAAAAAAAAAAAGUCAAAUACAAUUUCUAAUGUUGUAUUAUAUUUUUUCCUGUCAUCUUGUAUACCAUUGCUUGUAUUUUUAUAAAUUAUUUUUCUCAUUGCCAUUGUAAUAGUUAAUCACAUAAUUGUGUAGAUAGGCUAUUUAAAUAAUUUAUCAUGAAAUGCUACCUGUAGAGUUAGUAUUUCUAUUUUUAUAAAAGGUUUGCACACUGAAGAUUUUUUUGCUUCCCUCCUCCCAAUGUUUUUGCUAGUAUAAUUUUCUAAGAACAUGCUUUUUUUGUAAACAUUUUUAACCAUUUUUCCAUUCUAAAGUUGUGUAAGUUGUACAAUAAAGCUUCUUACAUACAAAGAACAAUAAACCA